UCCAAUCGAGCCGAGCAGAGUUGAGCGGAACCGGCUGUCCGGCUCCAAGGCCGCGAGCCGCACCGGGUUUUGGAAGGCUCUCCCGCCGCAGUGGGAGGAAGUUGAGCCACAGGGCGAGCUCACAGCCGCGUUAGUGAAAACAGAGAAAAAAAAACACGGAGAAGCGGGGCUAGCAGAGGACAAGCACGGUACCGGACAUCGCGAGCCCCGUAGAGAGGACACCCUCCCUCCCCCCACACCCGGACAUUGAGCGGCUGCACGGCCAGCCUUGCAGGAAGGAGUCGCCCGGAGCUGACGGAGCACGACGACCUGCACCCCCCCCCCCCGUGUGAUUGUGGAGCUCAGUGCGGUCGACGAGACGCCGGCGCGGGACACUUAAGCGCCACAUCCUGCCUUAGUUCGUGUUUUUUUUUUUUUUGCUUAGUUUGUCCGCCAUUUGGCUCCAAAGUUCCGAGCGCCCCCUCCCCCUCCUCCGGCGUCACUGGCAGCCCCCAGGCAGCCCUCCGCGCUGGCUGCCCCGGCGACGAAGCUCCCCGAACGCUCGGCCUAGCUCGGCGAGCAGCGGUGGAAGCUGCGCGGGGGACACUUUUAACACACUUAAAAGGGCCGGUGGAUGUGUUUUUUUUUUUUUUUUGGUUGUUAUUUUUUGGGGGGCGGGGGUGGUAGUGGACAACCGCAACCUGACUCCGAGCUGCCGGCUAGCAGCUAACCCCGCUAGCCUGUUAGCUCCGCAGCUAGCCGCAUGCUAGCUAGCAAAGCAAACAUCGACGUCCGCCUUCUGACGUGAUCGAGCGUCGCAGAGGGACUUUGCCUCCGGGGCUCCUCAGUCCGGGAGCACACAAGAAGCACACCGCGGGUGGCGGCAGGCGGACUGCGUGGCAUGCGAAAGGAGGCGCGCUAGCUUGGAAGACAUUAACGGAUCAGUCUCACCUGCCGGGAACAAACACACCUUGACGGCGUUGACGUUGCUCCCCGGGGACGGAUGCUGCAUCGGGGGCGAGGGAGCGCGCACCACCGCCGCCUUUAAAUGGGAUUAGAAGACCGCCGUAGAAUCUUUGAUUAAAUGGGAUUAAAAGAACUGUUCUCUCCGGCAUUAAACACAAGGAUGAGAGUCUGAGGACACCGAGGCCCCCCCACCCCGGGACAUUGAUGGUGGUCACAUCUGGCGGAGGACCUCCCGUGUUUUUCAAGCCCGUUCGCAGCCGCUGAGAAAGAUGGCGGACCUGGAGGCAGUGCUGGCUGAUGUCAGCUACUUGAUGGCGAUGGAGAAGAGCAAGUCCACGCCUGCAGCCAGAGCCAGCAAGAAGAUCAUCCUGCCCGAGCCCAGCAUCCGGAGCGUGAUGCAGAAGUACCUGGAGGAGCGCGAAGAGCUAGCGUUCGACAAGAUUUUCAACCAGAAGAUCGGCUUCCUGCUCUUCAAGGACUUCUGCAUGAACGAGAUCGACGAGGCCGUGCCGCAGCUCAAGUUCUACGAAGAAAUUAAAGAUUACGAGAAGCUGGACUCCGAGGAGGAGAGGCUGAGUCGCAGUCGGCAGAUCUACGACGGCUACAUCAUGAAGGAGCUGCUGUCCUGCUCGCAUCCGUUCUCCAAAAAAGCUGUGGACCACGUGCAGAGUCAUUUGGCCAAGAAGCUGGUGCCCCCGACCCUCUUCCAGCCUUACAUCCUGGAGAUAUGCGACAGCCUGAGAGGGAGCAUCUUCCUCAAGUUCAUCGAGAGCGACAAGUUCACUCGCUUUUGCCAGUGGAAGAACGUGGAGCUCAACAUACACCUGACCAUGAACGACUUCAGCGUGCACCGCAUCAUCGGCCGCGGCGGCUUCGGCGAGGUGUACGGCUGCAGGAAGGCCGAUACGGGCAAGAUGUACGCCAUGAAGUGUCUGGACAAGAAGAGGAUCAAGAUGAAGCAGGGCGAGACGCUGGCGCUCAACGAGAGGAUCAUGCUGUCGCUCGUCAGCACGGGGGACUGCCCCUUCAUCGUGUGUAUGACGUACGCCUUCCACACCCCCGACAAGCUCUGCUUCAUCCUGGACCUCAUGAACGGCGGCGACCUGCACUACCACUUGUCCCAGCACGGCGUCUUCAGCGAGAAGGAGAUGCGCUUCUACGCCGCAGAGAUUAUCCUAGGCCUGGAACACAUGCACAACCGCUUUGUGGUGUACAGAGACCUCAAGCCAGCUAAUAUCCUGUUGGACGAGCACGGCCACGUUCGGAUCUCCGACCUGGGUCUGGCCUGCGACUUCUCCAAGAAGAAACCUCACGCCAGCGUAGGUACUCACGGCUACAUGGCUCCAGAAGUGCUGCAGAAAGGCACGGCGUACGACAGCAGCGCCGACUGGUUCUCCUUAGGAUGCAUGCUGUUCAAGCUCCUCCGAGGGCACAGCCCCUUCAGGCAGCACAAGACCAAAGACAAACACGAGAUUGACAGGAUGACUCUCACCAUGAACGUGGAGCUGCCCGACUCCUUCACGGCGGAACUAAAAGAACUUCUGGAAGGUCUCCUGCAGCGCGACGUGUCCAAGAGGCUGGGCUGCCAGGGCAGAGGAGCGUCCGAGGUGAAGGAGCAUCCUUUCUUCAAAGGUAUUGAUUGGCAGCAGGUGUACCUGCAGAAGUACUCGCCGCCUUUAAUCCCGCCCAGAGGGAGGGUCAACGCCGCCGACGCCUUCGACAUCGGUUCCUUCGACGAGGAGGACACCAAGGGCAUCAAGCUACUAGACAGCGACCAGGAGCUCUACAAGAACUUCCCUCUGGUCAUCUCCGAGCGCUGGCAGCAGGAAGUGGCGGAGACCGUCUACGAGGCCGUCAACUCGGACACGGACAAGAACGAGGCUCGCAAGAGAGCCAAGAACAAGCAGCUGGGCCACGAGGAAGACUACGCUGGGAAGGAUUGCAUCAUGCACGGGUACAUGCUGAAGCUGGGCAACCCCUUCCUCACUCAGUGGCAGCGCCGCUACUUCUACCUCUUCCCCAACAGAGUGGAGUGGAGGGGGGAGGGGGAGUCACGGCAAAACCUGCUGACCAUGGAGCAGAUCGUGUCCGUGGAGGAAACGCAGAUUAAAGACAAGAAGUGCAUCCUGCUGCGCAUCAAGGGGGGGAAACAGUUUGUGCUGCAGUGCGAGAGCGAUCCAGAGUUGGUGCAGUGGAAAAAGGAGUUGACCGAUGCGUUCACUGAAGCUCAGAAAUUACUGCGUCGUGCACCCAAGGUCAUCGGGAAGAGUCGCACUGGCGUGGUGGAGCUCUCCAAACCCCCCCUCACGCACCGCAACAGCAACGGCCUGUGAACACACACACACACACACACACGUAGACACACACACACACACACACACACACACACACGUAGACACACACACACACACACACACACGCACACACACACGUAAUGACCAAUCCUAGUUUUUCCCGCCAUGGGACCUUGCCAGUCAUUGACAGGAAGCAGCAUGUGACCUGCAUGAACCUGAGGGGGGCGCUCUAAGGACUCAAAGCGCUCGUUGGCGACCAACGCUAACCCCCCCCGCCACCCCCCCUCCCUCCCUCAGUGUGGAACGCACGUGCUAAAGUGCCAACGCCGACGUUUACUCCAGCCGAGGAACAUGACGCGCACGCACUCCUCUGAUUGGCUGCCGCAGCCGGUCGGCAUAGAGACUGACAUUCCAUUGGCGGAGCAGCCGGUCGCUAUGGCAACCAGUCUUCUCCUGGUUGGGGGGGGGGGGAGUGUACAUAUUGUUUGUGUUUUAGUGUUUGCAUCAUGGCCGCCUGGGAGGGAGGGUAAAGGGGGCGGGGCUAAGGCAGGAAGUCAGUCGGUCCCCGUGGCAACGUCGCUCGGAGGCGUGGUCUCGCACAGGAAGUGCGAGCUCCUCCACGUCUUAGCUCGGUUGUCUCCGAGCGACGCGCACGGCGCUCUGCAAAGCUUCUAGAACAUUCCGCCAUCGCAGAGAGGGGGAGGGGCUAGUACCGGGAUCAGCGUUAGCGUGCUUCUUUGUUUGUCCGUAGCCUUUCGGCGAGGGGGGCGUGGUCUCUUAGAGAAAUGCGGUCACCUUUUCCAGGUGUCUUUUAUUUUUUUAUUCUUUUCAUUUCCGUGGGUUCUCGCACCUUUUUCCAGCGCCAUGUGUUACUCGCUAGUCUCAAUGUGCCAAACAACUGUUGCCGAGGGGGGCGGAGCCAGCGGACGCCUUACUCGCGGCCGUGUCGCGGCGGCGGAAGGGAAGAAAACUGUGAGCUAAAGAGACGUGCACGCUCGCCAUGAAGUAUACGAGAAAUAUAAGAGAAAUAUAUGUGUAUAAGAAGACACCCAGCUUUAGCUUUAUUUAAAAGAUGUAGAAAACAACUUUGGGGAUUUUAUUGUCAUUUCUUUCAGUUGUUUGUGGUGAACAAUCUUGCACAUAAAGACUUGAAAAAAACGAAA